AUGGCGAUCUUUAGUGUGUACAUUCUAAAUCGAGCAGGAGGACUUAUUUAUCAUUACGAUCAUUUUACACCCAAAAGCGAGGUGGAAAAGACAUUUAGCUACCCUUUAGAUAUUAUGCUUCGCGAAGAUGAUAAGUUGGUCGUAAUAUUUGGUGAAAGAGAUGGCAUAAAAGGUAAUGAUUUUUUUCCUUCACCUUAUCUCGCUUUUUUUAAACCAGUGCUAAUGAAAUACUCUUUUCUGUUAGUUGGCCAUGCUUUGCUGGCAAUAAACGGUGAACCUGUAACAGGGAAACGCUUGCCUGACGGAAGAGAAGCAAUGGAAGUCAUAAAAAACCAAGAUAACUACCCAAUAUCCUUAAAGUUUGGUCGUCCAAAAUUGACAACAAACGAACGGAUCAUGUUAGCAAGCAUGUUUCAUCCGUAAGUUAUUCAGGUCCUAAUAACACAUGUGAAAAACUAACUAAUUUCAUGAGAACGAAUAUUGGAUUACGUUCCCGCUGUUUUGAGACCGUAAGUGAUCAGUGAGCAGAUCUUGAGUAGGAAGGGGGGGAGGGGAAAGAGAGACUGCAGAAAGAGGGAGGGGUGGGAGGGCAUCAGAGGGUAGAAGGAAGAAUGGAUGACCUAUUUAGUGGCAGUAUCUUUCACUUGUAAGGGUUCAUUCUUGAACGAAAUUCGCAUGUAAACAGGGUGUUUAAGAUGUUUACCUCUGAUCACAAACAGGCUUUAUGCAAUCUCUGCAAAGCUGUCCCCAGAACAGAGAUCUUCUGGAAUUGAAGUCUUAGAAGCUGACUCAUUUAAACUCCAUUGUUAUCAGACACACACAGGUGAGUUUGAAGGACAACUGACAACAAAUAAGUUUAUCUACCCUCAACACUAGUGUUAACAACUGUCUCCAUGCCCCAUGUAAACCAAUGAAGGAAAUGAUGCAGUUUAGGGACUUGGCUUCGUUUGUUCAAAGAGUGGAUAAUGCUAAUCACUGGAUAAAUCUAUAUCCAUUGGAUAGUGUAUUAUGUUUUUUUUGGCUUAUCCUCUGAAUAGCGAUUUAUUCAGCAGAUAAUCCACUAUCCACCCAUCAAAGAACCGGGGCCUGUUCUUUGAGGAAGUCUUCAAUCUUGUUCACGGAUCUCUCUUCUUCUUAUUAGCCCCCCCUCCCUACAACUCCCUUAUGUAAGAGAAACCUGCAAGAGGGCUGGGUUUGCCUCUUUUAUCUUUUAAUUGCAAUUGAAUACAUCUUAUUAUUACUCAUUCUCUGUGAACUCCCCACAGGCUUGAAGUUCAUUGUAUUAACAGACCCAAAACAACUUGGAAUGGAUAUUUUCCUCAAAAAAAUCUAUGAGCUGUAUUCAGACUUUGCCCUGAAGAACCCAUUCUACUCACUGGACAUGCCAAUAAGGUACAAUUGCCAGUAAAGAAUGGACAGUGUUGCACCAUAACUUAGCAUAAGAGCCAAAAAAUUAUAUUUUUUAUUAGCCUUUUUCCAGGAAAAGUAUCAUCUUACUCUUGUCACACAUUCUGAAGUUUUCUUUUCUUAUUAACCAAGAUCUCUUUGUAAGUAUGAAGCAUGUAAAAUAUUCAAUUGCCUACCCUCAAGAUUAAGUAUCUACAAAACUCAAUUAAAAAAAAAAAAACAAACUGUGAUUAGGGUAACCUAGAGACUUACGUAUUACUGUCUCUCUCCUUGCAGGUGUGAACUAUUUGAUACCAACCUACAGAAAGCCUUAGAACAGGCUGAGAAAUCAAAUCUUUAUUCAAGUAAUCCUUCCUUAGCUUAA